AUGGACCCCGCAAAAUUGGCCAAGCUGCAGGCCCAGGCCGCGGCCAACAGGAUCGGUGGCAAGGGCACCAUGCGCCGCAAGAUCGUCCGCAAGACGAAGCCUUCGGGCGCGCAGGACGACAAAAAACUCCAGGGCGCCCUUAAGAAGCUCAACGUGCAACCCAUCCCUGGCGUCGAGGAGGUCAAUAUGUUCCGCGAGGACGGCAACGUCCUCCACUUCAGCGCACCCAAAGUGCACGCCGCCGUCUCCGCCAACACCUUCGCCGUCUACGGCGCCGGCCACGUCAAGGAGCUCACCGAGCUCGUCCCCGGCAUUCUCAACCAGCUCGGUCCCGACUCGCUCGCGUCCCUGCGCAAGCUCGCCGAGUCCUACCAGGCCAUCCAGCAGUCCCAGCAGCGGCCACCUGCCGGUGAUGCUGAUGACGAUGACGACGACGACGACGUUCCCGACCUCGUUGAGAAUUUCGAUGCCGUCGAGGACAAGCCCGCCGAGACCAAGGCCGAGGAGGAGACCAAGGCUGAGGAGACCAAGGCUGAGGAGGAGGAGGAGAAGAAGCCCGACCUUGACUGA